AUGAGCCUACCUGAACAACCCACCUACGUGAUCGUCCCAUCACCGGGGCCCUCAAUUGAGAGCGACCGACUCCUUCUUCGACCAAUUACCGACGCCGAUGCCACCGCACUUUUUGCCAUUCGUUCCCGGCCCGAAGUGGCAGAAAUGAACCACCCCAAAACACCAUUCAAAUCAAUUGAAGAAACCCGUGAAUGGAUGGCAACCAAGGUGUUCACAAGUGGUCCCUCCGAUAUCAUCGGACGUUCAUUUAAUUAUGCCAUUGUGGACAAGUCAAUCCCGGAAACAGAGGAGCGAGUCGUUGGAUCUCUCAGCAUCAAUCAAGUAGACCCCUUUCCUGAGAUUGGAUACGCAGUCCAUCCAUCUGUUUGGGGGAAAGGGUACGCAACUGAGGCUUUGCAAUUGAUGUUGAAGAUGUGGUGGAAUCUGGCGCGCCGAACAAUUGAUAGUGGAGAUGCUCCCGCAGAAGUUGAGAAAGCCUUUGCUCUUUGCGAAAAGAGGAAUGCUGGCAGUUCCCGUGUCCUAGAAAAGUGUGGAUUCAAGAUCGUGGGUGAUUUUGAAGAGGAAGGGAAUGAGCUUUAUAUUUUUGCGUUAGAGCGACCUUGA